GCAGACGCCGUGCUUGCCAGGUCUCCUCGAGUUGCCUGCGUCUCGCGUCCGUUGCUCUCCCUCCCCCACUCUUCGCCCCUGUUCCGGCAGGAACUGGCCGUCAAAGACCCUACAGUACCCGACGGACAAAUCUCCAGCACGCGUGGACAUAAAUGGCAGUGCUAGCAUUCUCCCCCGCUCAGUUCGUCGCGGGCAUUCCUCCGGCGACCCGAGCCUACACCGCUGCUACGAUCUUCUUUUCUCUGCUGUACUACGUCCUCAGCUGGUCGGGAUACUCUUGUCCAUACCUCGUGCUCAUACCCGGGUCAAGCAUAUUCUACCCGUGGACCUUCCUGACCUCCGUUUUCGUGGAGACCACGUUCAUCGAGCUGCUAUUCACCCUCCUCGUGAUACCAGCAUCUCUGAGAUACCUUGAACGACUAUGGGGUUCUGUGGAGUUGUUGAAGUUCAUCGCCGUAACCAUUGCGGUUUCGAACAUCAUCGCGUUCGCGUUGAACUGGAUAGAAUAUAUAGUGCUGCGCUUACCGGUGCUCCUGUAUGGCCAACAAUAUCACGGUCAGAUGGCGUUGCAGAUCGGUGUUCUCGUCGCAUUCCGACAAAUCAUUCCGGAACACCAAGUGCAGCUGUUUGGUGUCCUCAAGGCUAGAGUCAAGACGCUGCCAAUGGCUUAUGUCACAUUCUCAACCGUGAUGUGCAUCAUCGGAUUCCAAUGCCCGUGGAUUGUCAUCCAGUUUGGAUGGCUGGUGUCCUGGGUUUGGCUGCGGUUCUACAAGAAGAACACCGGCGACCUGGCCGGCGGCCCCGUGUACGGAGACAGGAGUGAAACAUUUGCAUUGGUUACGUGGUUCCCCCCACUUAUCCACGGGCCCAUCACCUGGCUCGGAAACACUGUCUACAUGCUGGCUUCCAAGUUUCAUUUGAUCCCAGCCAGCGGCUCAGACGUCGAAGCUGGAGGUUACGCCGCUGUUCCUGGAGGUGCACGCGCCGAAGCAGAGAGGAGAAGGGCCAUGGCGCUGAAAGCGCUGGACCAACGCUUAGCAGGUACCUCAUCUUCGCCCGCGUCCCCGUCAAGGCCAGCAGCAAGCAAUGGAACGUCGCGACCUGCAGCCAGCAGUACGACGAGUCUUAGCAGUGAUGCUUCCGGCCCCAAAAAACCUGCUGGAGAAACAGACGUAACAGAGACGGUAUCUGGCUCUGCUUAGGGAGCUGCAACCCACUCAGGCUGCUCGAAUGGUCAUAAUCGCAGUACCUCACUUCCUGCUCCCUUCAUUUGUCCACAUCCACUGGUAUUUCUUACGAGUACUGUAGUCGUCGUGUUCUCUUUAGUCCUUCGUCCUAUUAGUCGGGUCGUUUCAAUUGAAUAGCGCAUAGCAUGUACACUAUUGUUGACAGUCAUGGCAUCUCUCAGUUGUACGGUCCUGGAUGUGUAUGCUAACUCGGACGACAAGUGCUAUGCAUAGAUAUGUCCCCGC